AUGUUUUGUCGUAAACAUUUGAUUAAAAUCUCACAUCGAUGUUUUUCAAAUGAAUCUCGAAUAAAUUCAUUUAUUAAAUCGAAAUUAAUGUCAGCUGAAGAUGUUGCAGAAAAAUUACCGGAAAAAAUCACAAUAGGAGCAUCUGGUUUUACACCAGCUGGUUAUCCAAAAGUAAUACCCGGUGCUUUUGCUCAAAGAAUUAAAAAUUCAAAAAAUCCAGAAAAUUUUUCUAUUAAUUUAUAUACCGGUGCAUCAACUGGUGAUGAACUUGAUGGAGUUUUAGCACGUACUGGUAGAUUGAAAUUAAAAAUUCCUUAUCAAUCACAUCCCGAUUUAAGAAAAUUAAUUAAUAAUGGAAAAUUAAAUUUUAUCGAUAUGCAUUUAAGUCAUGUUAGUAGAUAUAUAAGAGAAGGAAUAUUUCCAUCAAUUGAUGUUGCUAUUAUUGAAGCUUGUGAUGUUACUUCUGAUGGAAGAAUUUAUUUAACUAAUUCAAGUGGAAUGAGUAGUACUUAUUUAGCUUUAGCUAAAGAUAUUUAUAUUGAAUUAAAUGAAGCACAUCCAUUAGAAAUGAAAGGUCUCCAUGAUAUUUAUUUACCUGAAUUACAUACAGGAAGACCAAUUAAUAUUGAUUAUGUUGAUGAUAGAAUUGGUAAGUCGAGUUUGAACUAUUUAGAAUUUUAUCAAAAGAAAAAAAAAGUUACUUUUCGUCAAAACUAUCGAAAUAAAGAUAAAUUCUUUGGAAGAGGUAAUCUGAGAUCUGAUCUUUCAUGA